GAGCCAUCACGCCUCCUCUCCCUCCCCCUCGGCCCCCAUCACGAGGUCGUCUUCGUCAUGUAAAGGCUCAUCCCGCGAUGACUGCUCUGGCAUGGCCUCCUCCAGAUCUCGCCCCUCGGCGCUACGUGAUGAGUCCUCGUUCGAUGGGUCCUCCUCGUCGUCAUCCUCGUUGGCUGAGUCUUCGUCAUCUUCAACGUCCUCCUGGUCUUCGUUGGAGCCCUCGGGCACACUGAACACACACACACACAGGCAAAUCGGACACAGGCGAGGCUGCUGUCCGUUGGUGGAAGGAUGCGUUCGGUGGAUGGGUGCUCGCUCACCGCGACUCGGCCAUCAUGGCGUCGCUGUCGUCAGCAGUCAUCUGCCGGCCGACUUGCGCCUCGCCCUCCGCCUCUUCCUCAUCUAUGUCGUUGUCAUCUUCCGUGCCAUUCAUCAGCUGCACCUGGUCAGUAGCGGCGGCAGCAGCAGCAGCAGCACUAGCCGCUGGGCGGCCGCCCUCUCCCUCUGUCUCCUCUCUCUCCUCUCCCUCCUGCUUUAUGGGUAGCAUCUGAUCAUCGGCCACCGAUGCCGCGACCUCCUCUCCCCCUCUGCCGUCUGUUGCUGCUGCUGCCCCGUCCAGCGGCUCUGUCUUGACGGCGCCAGAGGGGCUGCCCCUGCCGCCCCCCUCUCCCAGCUGUGCGGUUCGGUCCUUGUUGGCCCAUGUGAUUGGAGCGAGGCUGGCGCCGCUCUUCUUGACAAGCUGCACUAUCGCUUGUGCGCUGGCGUCUGCGGGGUGACGCUGCUGGAGCGGGACGGAUGAGGCCGAGGAGAGCUUGUAGAGCCACUGCUCUAGGGACGUGAUGGCCGUCGUGGCGUCGAUGUAACUCACUGACGACAGCAGAAAACGGGCGCCUGCGUGGAUGGCACACGGACACAUCGUACACACACUGUCAGAGGUGCACAGGCCGUGCCGCGUCGUCACCUGCGUCAAGGGUGAUGCACCAGCUCUCGCAGAGGCCGUCAAUCUUCUUGAGGAUCAUAUCUCGGUCCAUGGCGCUGCCAGCCGCCCGAGUGAGCGGGGCCAGCCCAUCGUACCAGUGCGCCUUCUUCAGGAGCAGCCGCACCAUCAGCUCGCCAGGCGACUCCUCAGGCCUCCCUGCGGCCCUGUCCUGCUGUCCGCCAGGCAUCCGAAGGAUGUGGUCGAACUCGAAAAACGACACCAUGGCCGCCUCGAAUGGAAAGGCCUUGACGAGCGUCUCAGUGCCGAUGUCCAGCCGCGUCCGGCUGUCGGCGGCGUAGCGCUCGAUCCGCUGCUUGACCAGGUGGCGCGGCUCGGUGCGGAACUGCUCCUUGAGGUAGUCCUCGAUCAGGUGCACCGUUACAGGCGCCCCCCGCCGGCCGGUCGCAUCGCCGACGCGCCUCGCCUUGCCCACAGGCUGGUUCUCCUCCUCUGCAGUAGCAGCAGCAGCUGGGCGCUUCCUGCCGACGUUGGCCGGUGAGGGUGUCACGGCGGCCUUCUUGGCUUGGCGCUCCUUCUGCUCGUCGAUCUGCCGUUCCUUCUGCCGCAGGUGGUUGCGGUCCUCCACUGCCUGGUGGUUGAGGUAGCCGUCCUGCGCGUAGCGGUCCAGGUAGUCGCGGAACUGACGCUCCACCUGGUUGUGGUGCAGCACCUGACACACACACGGACAGACAGGAAACAGGGAUGGAUGGGCCUCUAUGGCAUGAUCGAGCGAGUGGGGUCAGUCAGGUCAGUGGCCGACGUGUUUGAUAGUGGCGCUGGCGAAGACGAGGAGAGGGCUCCUGGCAUUUUCGUGGUCUUUGUGGUAGGGGUCGACAGACAUCUUCUUGGAGGCCACGAAGGACUUCCACUUGUCCAUGAGCACCUUGCCCUCCGCUGACGGCCGGUGGAUGGCGUAGUCCACCACCCACGCCAGCAGCCGAGCCGGGGCAUGCGUCAGGAAACUGCACUCACACACACACACACACACACAAAUAGAUAGAUCGCCACCGCUCACUCAAUGGUCGCUUCUUUCUCCUUCCUUGCUUGUCACCUACCUUUUGUAUCGCUCGACUUUCAUGAUGUAUUUGGGAUUGUCGAGGUCCCCCGUGACCUCCUUCUUGUCGUUCUUGCCGUCACCGGUCACCGUCCCCCACUUGGUCUUGACCUCGAUCCGCUCGUCACUCUCCUCGGGCGCAGUCGCCGUCACAGCACUCUUCUUAAUUGACUCCUCGCCCGCACGAGGACCCCUCACCGACGCAUCACCCACACGAGCAGGCCGAGUGGCCACGCCCGGCGGCACUCUGCUGGGCACCGAUGGCCGGCUCCUCUCCCUCUCCCUUUCUCGCUCCCGCUCCCUCUCCCGUUCUCUCUCCCUUUCCCUCUCCCUCUCCCUGUCCCUCUCCCUGUCCCUGUCGUCUAUGGGUCUUGCCGGCGGCAGGGGGCGACGCAUGCCGGUGCCAGGGGGUGCUCGUGGGUUGAUGGCCGGCACAAUGGGUCGGCCGCGUCCCGGCGACGAGUGUGACGGCAUGGGCCUCUCACGCUGCCGAUCCCUCGGAGGAUCCCUCUCCCUCCCCCGCGGCGGAUCGGCAGAGUUGUACCGGUCCCUCUCCGGCACACGUCCUCCCCCUCCUCGGUCGCCAAGCGGCCGUCUUGAUGCAUCGGGAGAGUGAAUGGCGCCUCUCGAUGGCUCUCGGGGAGGCAUGCGAGGGCGGGAAGGCGGACGCCGGUCUGGCGGGUGAGGAGGAAGAACCAUGGUGCUUGGUCAAAAACUGGCCGUAGAUCAGGUCACCAGAUGGACGCUGAUGCACGCGCAGAGCCCCUAAGCAUCCGCCGCCUCCGAAACCGCCACAAGUAGGCGGGCGUCAGACUUAUCUUCGGAUGUGCUGGCAGGAGGUCGCUGAGUCAUCA